AUGUCAGCAGUGAAUGCUGUACGCAACGCCACUAAGCAUGGAGUGAAGGUAGUACGUGACGUGGCCAAGGCUACGACCGCGACAGCCACCAAGAGCGAUGCCCGGCACGGAGCUCGCAACAGCAGCGACGCGUCUCCCAAUGCUUCAUCAAGCCGACAUGAACGCAGCAAUGCGCUGAAGACAUCCGACGGGGGAAGGACUGCCUCAACAAAGGCCAUCCGUAUCACUCCCUCGAAACCUCCCGUCAAUGUCCAGCAACGCCAACCUCCCCUCCUGACUUUCAUCCACGAACCUUUCCCGAGAUCCUUCAACUGCACUACCUUCACCUCCACGAGACUAAUCGCAACCGACUCCUCACACCCGCUUUAUACCCGAACCAAGCGCAGGCUCGCAUCCUUCGAUCCCACAAAGCUCACUUGGCGAGUGCAAGUCCCUAUGGCAGUUUCAAAAAAGCCAGCGAUUCGCAGGGGAGCGCAGAAGCGAGCCAAGACUGCGGCAAGGGCGGAAUUGAGAGAGUUGGGGUUCGGGGAGGAUGGGAGAAGACUAGGGACCGAGGGCGAAGGUAGAGAGGGUGAUGGGAAGAGCUUGAGUGGAGCGCUUAUCAUGCUCAUGAAUAGGGAUCCGACGAGGUCCCUGACCUUUAAGAGCGGGGAGGUGAGAGAGGAGGUUAGAGAGUGGGUUGAGCGGACUUUGAAGACUAGGAACAGAGGCGGAAGGGAUGAUUUUCCGAGGGAUCACAAUCCACGGCGGAUCGAUGGUGGUGGCGGCAGAAAGACGUCGUUUAAGGAUUCUAUGCGAAAGGGAGGCAGCGGCCACGGGAGUGGCUGA